AUGUAUUGCAGUGAUAAAAUAAUGAGCAGGCCAAUAAUAACAAAUUCUUCUCAUUUGCACAAAAUGACAACGACUCCAUCGAAUAACAUUCCAAACGAAAAUAAAUUAUCAUCAUCGAACUUUGCAACGACGACGCCGCCAACGACGCCAUCUUUAAAUAAUUCAAUCGUCAAUUCGUUUUUACACGGUGGAAAUUCUAGGGAAAAAAAUCAGGCUAAAAUGAACGGACCUGCCGUUUUUAAAAGUCAUCAAACAUUGACUCUAUCAUCUCCUACGGGAGAACUUCCGACGACGACGACGACGACACAAUUCGGUUUCAGGAGAAUUAACGGAAGUAGUAGUAGUAGUGAAAGUGCCGUGCAAAAUAGAAUAAGAAAUUUAAAUAAUAGAGAAAGUGUUCAAAAAAAUAAUAAUAAUAAUAAUAAUUCGGAGGGAGAACCCGAGUGUUCGGUGGUGUACAGGACGAAAAACACGACGACGACGGAAAGGAAUAGAAUAUUCAAUACAAUUAAACCGGAAAUACAAACAAACGGAGGAGAUGCGGAGAAAAAAUGGCAAAUGAAAUAUGAAGAUGCCGAAAGAAAAAGAAAAGAACUUUUAUCGGAAUCUCAAAAGCUAUCGAGAGAAAAAUCAUCAUUGGAACAAAAGUUGAAAAAAGUCGAAGAUGAAUACAGACAACUUAAAUUAGAUUUCAACGAUAGAACUCAUCAACUCAAUGAAUUAAGAAGAGUAUCCGAACAAGUUUAUCAAGACUACGACAAACUUAAUAAUAAAUAUGAAACGGAAACGACAACACUUCAUAAAGCACUCGAAGUUGCUUCCAAGUGGUACAAAGAAAAUAAAAAACUCAAACGCGAAAGUGUCGCUCUUCGAAGUUCCAUGUUACUCCCCUCGAAUUUUCAAUUAAUUAAAGAUGAACCCGACGGAGAAGAUUUGCAAGGUCAAGACGAAUUAGAAGAAUUGAGAAAAAACGUGCAAGGUGAGCCGUGCGAAGAAUUGAGUAAUCAAGUCGGCCAACUACAGUCGGAAUUGAACAAAGCAAGACUUCAAGAAUUCGAAGCACAAGAGCAAUUUAUAAACCUUUCCCAAGCUUUGGAUCAAGAGAGAGCCAUCAAAGACAAAAUGGAAGAAGAAUUGAAAACUCUCAGACUGAUGAAACACAAAUUCGAAAGCGUCACAUACAUGGUUCACGACGAAAUGAAAGCCCUUAGAACGGAACGUGACAGAGCGACAGAAGCUGCAAGCAGACUACAAGCAGAAGCUCAACAGGCACUAAAAGAAAGAAACGUUCUCGCUCAUCAAAGUAGUUUGCUCAUGGGAGAAAUUUCAUCGAACGAAACACUCAUGAAAGUUUUGAUGGAGGUUGAAGAUCUCAAAAGAAAACUCGAAGAAGAAACGCAAAAUCACAUUUUAGACGUGCAAAAAUUUCAAGAAAAGUUAGAUGAAAGAGAAACUGAAGCUCAAUUGGAAGUUGUCGAAGAAAAACUACGAUUGGCAGAAGAAGAUUUGCAAAUGGCUUUGGAAAGAGCUGAAAAAGCUGAAAGAGCACAAAAAGAAUUAGAGGAAAAAAUGGCUGAAGUCGAAUCGAAAUUAGAAUCAAACAGUGCGCCAGCUCCACCACCUCUCCCUCCACCACCACCGCCACCCCCAUUAUUUUCAUUGACCUCUAACACCAAUUUAAUUAUAAGAAAAUCAGACAAGUCUUUGACACAUAGAGAAUCUAUAGACGACAUGGCAAACAUUUUGGGCAUACAAAGAACCCCCAAAGCCAAUCAUAACACAAUCAAUGGAGGAGCCAUUAACGAUAUUAUUAAUGAAAUAAAAGGCGGUAAAUUUACUUUGAAAGCAACAGAGAGGCAAAAACUUAAAAAAGAAGAACCGCCCCCAGCCGUUCAAGAAAUGCUUAACAUAAUAGGUACGUUAAAAAGACGAACGGGAAGACCUAAACCUGUCGCAUCAGAUGAUGUUCAAGCAUAA